CGCUAUAUAAAAAUACAAUUUCAUGCAUUGGCAAAAAAUAUGCAGAAACGUAAAACUCGCGUUGGCAAACGCUAUAGAAAAAUGUGAUUUCAUCAUAAUCAGCAUUCACAAUGCAAACACAAGCAACUACCGGGAACUCUAACAACAAUCAGUCAUCACUUUUUGGAGUACAUUACAAUCAUCAACAAAAUUCUACAAAAUAUGGCGUCUUUUUCAAGAAAUUUGUAUGUCUCUUUAUAUAAAGAGAAAUACAAAUGGGGCAACUGUAGACACCACAUUUGUCCAGGUCUAAGAACUAUGAAAAGACUUGAAGACUUCAAACUAAGAAGUGGGAUUUAGUCGGCUUGAAUACAUAAAUGGAUUACUUGCGGAUUGCAAUCGACUUAAGAAGCAACAUCAAGAAAAGACUUGGUACACAGUUCGGGUUUUGUAUUAGAGAGUGUGUUCAAUGUUCGAAGGCAAUGACGAGAUAUCUUCAUUAAAUUUGAAGUUCGUUACACAACAAUACACAAUUUUUAUUCCUAAUAAAAUGGGCUAUGUCUUCUCAAAUCCAUGUCACCAUUUGAGAGCCCGAAGCCAGCAACAUCAACCUGAAAAAAGAAGAGAGAUCAGUUAGUUCAAGCCCAAGAAACCCAUAAUUAGAGUUCGGCCCACAACAGAGCCCCGUUCGGCCCAAAAUAGAGCCCAAGUUCAAGACUAGACUGAGCCCAGUACUGGCCUAGACGAAUUGAAGACAGGGCCAACUCGACCCAAUUUUAUCCAAGCAGUUAGUCAGCACCGACUUUUGUAGGUGGAGGCUUGAGAUGCGGCCUUAAAUUCGACCAAUCAGAAAGAGGCAACACAAUUUCAGCCUCAACAACAACCAAUCACAAAUGACACGUGGUGCAUCCUUUUUAAUAUAAACGAGCUCUUUCAGCUCUUGUUUUAGGGGGCAAAAGGAGGGCUGAAGAACAGAAAACAUAGAUUUCAUCGUUCUUUAUAGAGAAUUCAUAGACAUACAUCUUUCAUUUUCGUUUUACAAGCGAAGUGGGCGACCCAGAGGCAAAAGCAAAGGAUCCUGAGUUCCAAGGUUAGAGAUUUGUACUCUUUUUUCUAUUUCGAUAAUAAUACAAGUAGAAUCAUUUACAAUCAAUCUCUUGCCCAUAUCCUUUUAAUUACUAUUGUCCCUAUCAUAUUAGUUUUUUCGCUUAAUAUCCAUUUCAGCUUCCCUCAAUUUAAGCGCUCACUAAUUACUAUUGCUCUUUACUUCAACAAUUAUUUAUUUAUUAACUAUACUUGCUUAGUAUACAUCAUGAUUCAUGACUCCACCCUUUUUUACAAGCAGUUAUUAUAACCAAGUUUUCCUAGUUUUAAUUUCCGUUUUUACUAUAUAGUCGAUAACCACAAUAUUAUCACAUAUAAACAAAUUUAAGUAGUAUAUAGAUAAAGUUUUGAUCUCUCUAGAUCCAGAUCCAACGAAAAUUACUCUAAAACAAUAAAGUUCCUAUUUCAAAAACCCAAAGUAGCAUUCCAUAGUCUAGCAUAAUCACUAAAUGUGAAAGUGAUUUAUAAUCUCCAAGAUAAGCAAUUAAGAGCAUGUUAAUUACAUCUCCAUUACAGAAAAAUCAUUUUUGGCGGUCUGUGGUAUAUCAAAAGGUACAUAUAAAAAAAACAUUGAAAACCCCACAAAAUCUCAAUCAAGGCAAUAACCAUAAGAUUAGUGAAAAUUUUAGUCUCUUUUAGCUUAAUAACUGCAAGCAAUGGCGGUGAUCAUCGGCUAGCUUCCAAUUGUUUAACUAACUCUAUUCUUUAGUAGCUUGAUCCAUAGAAUAAAAAAUCAGAACACAUACACGACUCUAAAAUCACAGAUCUAUAAACCGAUUUCAAACUCACAAUUUAUCUUCUUUUUUUUUUAAGUUCAAAUCCCAUGAUUACCUUAAGCCGAGUUUAGGAGAUCCUUACCCAAACCUGUUUACUCUCACAUCCUGUAGAAACAAAAAUAGAGGGUCAGUACCGACCCAAAUCCAAGUAAAUAAAACAUAAUAAAAUAAAAAAAAACAAGAGAACCCACCUUCAACGGCGAGCUCUCCGUGCUGUCCCUACUAUCACGACCCGAAAUGUCGUGACCAUGUUGAUCGUCUGAAGAACGCUGCCAUCUGGUUGUCUUGCCACGAGAGGGGUAAAGGGGGCGACAUUAGCGAUAAGGCAUUGUCUGCCUGUGCAUCGCAUCUGGCCGAGUCAGAAUGUGGCUAUGAAGGGGAUCGUUGCAAGAGAAGGCACAACUGAUCGAAGGCUAUUGCUGUCUCCCUGAUGAGCCCAAGGCAGGGCGAAACCAGUUGGUAUGCGUAUGCAGAGAGGCUGGUCUUGAGGAAUGAGUGCACCUCAAGAUGCCGCAUGAACUUCGGAAGUCUAUGUCCGUGACAAGUAGAAGCAGCAGCAGAAGCAAAGAGUGAAGGUUGAUGUUGAUAAGCCGUUAAUUGCACAUGUUUUUACCCCUAUUCUGGAGCCGUUUGAGAUGGUAAUUCUCGUGUUUUAGGCCGAUUUCACGCUAGGUUGUGAUUGUUUGUGAUAUUUCAGGUCCUAGCAAGUGAAUGAAGGUUUAGGAGCGAGUUCGGGGUCGAUUGGACGAAGAUCGGGCGCGAGGCAAGUCAAAAAGGAAGCCACAUGGGCACUCACACAACUCGCACGGCCGUGCAAGUGACCAAUUUGGCCGUGUGGGAUUGUGCGAGACUUCACACGAGCACAGAUAAUUCCCACACGGCCGUGUGAAGUUGCAGUUUGGCCGUGUGGAAUUCUGCGAGGCUUUACACGGCCAGGCUGGGUGAGCUGCACGGCCGUGUGACCCUGGCCGUGUAGGAAGCCUGAAAUCCAAUUACUCAGAACGCGGCGUUUUGACCUCACACGGGCAACUGGGUAUGCCACACGACCGUGUGGCCCUGCCCGUGUGAGUCGGGAAUUUCUAGUUUUUACCCAAUUUCGGGCUGCAAGUGAGAGAAGGGGAUUUUCAGAGCAAAAACAGAGCCCUAGAGAGAGAAAGUACGAAGAACACAUCCUAGAAGCUAUCUUGGAGCUGGGUUUCAUCAAAUCGAGCUUGGAGAUCGUCAUAGGAGUGGAAAUCAUCAUCCCAGAGCAGAUUCUUCCCAUAGUUAUGAGUAUGACUGCUUUGUACUAUGUUUUCCUCUCUCUAUGGAGUAGAAACCUUCUCUCACUUGGGUAUGAAGAACCCUAGUUCCAUGUGUUAGGGAUUUGAUUGUAAUGACUUGGGAUGAUAUUACUGCUUAGUUUUAAUCGAAUGAUGCAUGUUUAUUGAGUCAAUUGAAGUAGGAUCAGCUUUUCCUGAUUUCUGCUGCAACCUGAGAUAGAUAGAAUCUGAUUAGGUUGUUAGAGCCUCAUCAUUCGGUAGUAGGAGAUUGGCUAUACGAGAGUUAGCCAGUUUACUGCUUUGUACUGGAAUUCAAUUCCAGUAGUGGAGUUCUGUUCUUAUUGCUUCAGCUUUCUAUCCCGGUGAAGACUAGUCGUCUGCCGGGUAGUUAGACUGAGAGGGCUUGGUCAGCUUAAGAGAUUCCAAGCUACUGUCGGAUCUUCUGCGGUCUAAUCAACAGUAAAUCAACCCAGGGAAAUUACAAUUGAGACCUAACUAAGGAGCUAGGGGGACUCAUUCCCGAGUGACUCUUCCUUGCUUGAGAAAACUGUACCAAUUCCUGCUUUCUUUCUGCUUUUGCUUUAAACAACAAUCACUUGACUUAGUUGGCUAGAUAAUAGAUAAUCACUGAGUAAGCAGUAGAUCUAGACCCCGGGUUGAUAAUAAAACUUGCCAUUAUUGCAUUCCUGGACUGCGAUUAAACUUGGUCGCAGUUUGGUGUUGUGUUCUGGCGUGUCAGAUGUCGAGGGGCAAAGUGGUAUGUGCGCGGGGCACUACAGGCUAGCGCGAGGACGCUACCGGAGCCUGUCCAUCAGAGGAUGUUAUCGUAUGCGGACGCCCACAAUCGGUUCGAGAGUUGCAAUACAUGCUGCGGAGAUAAUCAUUCUUCACCAGCACGAGGAUGUGCUGCAUUAUGAGCGGUGGAGAAUGUCACGACCCGAAAUGUCGUGACCGUGUUGAUCGUUUGAUGAACGCUGCCAUCUGGUUGUCUUGCCCCGAGAGGGGUAAAGGGGGCAACAUUAGCGAUAAGGCGUUGUCUGCCUGUGCAUCGCAUCUGGCCGAGUCAGGAUGUGGCAAUGAAGGGGAUCGUUGCAAGAGAAGGCACAACUGGUCGGAGGCUAUUUCCGUCUCCCUGAUGAGCCCAAGGCAGGGCGAAACCAGUUGGCAUGCGUAUGCAGAGAGGCUGGUCUUGAGGAAUGAGUGCACCUCAAGAUGCCGCACGGACUUCGGAAGUCUAUGUCCGUGACACUACCGCCGGGUUCGCCUCCGUGAGGCUUAAUGCCGGCGCCGUCCCCGUCCCCCACCUCUCCUCUCGUCAAUAACCAAAACAAAAAAACCAAAAGAGUUAAAAUAUUAAUCGUACCUAAAAUAAAAAAAAUAAAAAACAAGCAUGCAUGUUGAAAGAGAAGCUUACCAGGGGUAAGAUCUCUUCAUCACCGCCAUCCUUUCAACAAGAAAGAAUAGAUCGAGAUUGUGAUUGAACAAAUCGAGAGUCCCACCUCGAUUUUGGUCCGAUUUCCGGAAAUAUAAACAAAAAAUAGGA